GCGUUCGAGGAGCAGCACUUGGUGUCCCUGGACCCCCUGGAGCAGUUCCAGGCCUGGUUCCAGCAGGCCCUGGAGUGCCCCGACAUCGGCGAGCCCAACGCCAUGUGCCUGGCCACCUGCAGCAGGUGUGGGGACACGGACAGACACCGGGGACACACACACACACAGGAAUCAGAUGGGAUUGGAUGUUGUGUUGAUUCCAAUCCCUUCGCUUCCCUCGUUUUCUACUGGGAGCCGCUCUGCCGCCAGGUGCGGAUCGAGGGCUCGGUGAAGCGGCUGCCGGAGGAGGAAUCCGAGCGCUACUUCCACUCCCGGCCCAAGGGCAGCCAGAUCGGGGCUCUGGUCAGCAGGCAGAGCUCCGUCAUCCCCGACCGCCAGGUGAGCGCUGGGACCGGCCACGGGAUCGGCCAUGGGAUCAGCCACGGGAUCCCGGGGAUCCUGCUGGGAUCAGCCACGGGAUCGGCCACGGGAUCGGCCAUGGGAUCCCAGGGAUCCUGCUGGGAUCAGCCACGGGAUCCCGGGGAUCCUGCUGGGAUCGGCCACGGGAUCCCGGGGAUCCUGCUGGGAUCGGCCACGGGAUCGGCCACGGGAUCCCGGGGCGCGUACAUCGUGGAGCCGGAGGUUCUGGAGUUCUGGCAGGGCCAGACGAACCGGCUGCACGACCGGAUCGUGUUCCGGCGCCUGCGGGACCGCGCGGCGCCGCUCGGGGCCAUGACCCACCCCGGCCACGGCCACUGGGUCUACGAGCGCUUGGCCCCCUGAGCCCGGCUCCGGAACCGCCCCAAAUCCGCCUCCAAUUAGUGCCAGUGGUUAAUUAAUUGUGUUAAUGAUUGUGUAGGGUCUGGCUGUGACCCCCGUGACCCCCCCUGUGACCCCCCUGUCCCAUCCCUGUCCCAUCCCUGUCCCAUCCCUGUCCCAUCCCUGGAAAUGGAUUUGGAGCUGCCCUACCCUGGUGUGUUCCUAAAUCCAUCUCCAAUCAGUACCAGUGGUUAAUUAAUUGUGUUAAUGAUCGUGCAGGGUCUGGCUGUGACCCCCGUGACCCCCCCUGUGACCCCCCUGUCCCAUCCCUGUCCCUGCCCUGUCCCUGUCCCAUCCCUGGAAAUGGAUUUGGAGCUGUCCUCGCCCUGGUGUGUCCCUAAAUCCAUCUCCAAUCGCUGCCAGUGGUUAAUUAAUCGUGUUGAUUAAUUAUCACGUUAAUUAAUUGUGUUAAUGAUCGUGCAGGGUCUGGCUGUGACCCCCAUGACCCCCCUGUCCCAUCCCUGUCCCAUCCCUGUCCCAUCCCGGGAAAUGGAUUCAGAGCCACCCUCAUCCCAGUGUGUCCCCAAAUCCGCCUCCAAUUAGUACCAGUGGUUAAUUAAUUGUGUUAAUGAUCAUGCAGGGUCUGGCUGUGCCCCCCAUGCCCCCCC